CACGGCGUCUGUUUGUGGCUCACACAUGUAAGCUAGCCAUUAGCACUGGCCAGCUUCAGGGAUUCGCGUUGGCGAAUUAUAAAACGCUAUCCACUUCGUAGCAUUACAGGGGCUCAUCUCUACAGUUCUGCAUUGUGUUGUACAAACGGGGGGCUUCCCCCUUUGUUUUUCAUCGGCACCCACAUGAAUAAUUGUUGAUUAGAGAAACAUGAAGGUGAACAAACCCACACAGGGUAAGGGCCAUACUAAAUCUCAGAAGUGGAAGGAUGUUAGGGGCAAACGAUGCAGACCUCCCAUCAGUUCCUCUGAGCUCAGCUCUACUCCUGUUAUGACCAGGAUGAUAAUAGAGCACCAUGCAACUGUGAAGAAAAAACCCAACGUCAAGAGACUGAAAAAUAAGGCAAAGUCUGUUUCAGACUCAAAGAAAAGCACUCAGUCUGGACCGAAGAAAUCUUACAGUCAGGCUAAUGGAAGUUCAGCGUUUACAAUGGACAAUGUGUCCGAUGACUCACAGGAGUGGAAGGAAUAUUCCCAGACCAUUCAUGGGAAUGGUGUGGAGACCUCUGCUUACAUGGAGGACGUCCAGCCAGGUAGACUGGAAGGAAAGGCUCUCCAUUGCUGUGCAGAGAGAGAUGAUCGGAAAAACCAUGCAGUGCUUGUCAUGCAGAAGAAUCAGACCCUGUGUUUCCGUGGGAAGUGCUUUUUGACCUGCCUGUACGGUCGUGUAGAAGUGAUGGGGUUCACUAUUGAAGAGGGCCAGCAAUCGUAUCCACUCUUCUCCCCAGCCUCACAUUGUCCACUGAUCAUUAGAGCACUAGAAAGCUCUGAUGACACCAGAGAUGACAAAACAGAGGCUUCAUCCAUCCUCCGAAAGUAUCUGUCAUCAGCAUCACAGAAAAAGUUGCUAAAAAAGGUAAUGUCACACUCAUCCAUCAUCCUACUGGAGCCCAUGGAGACGCCUCUGACACGGUUUCUGUCAAGCUUCACAGAUCUCAGCGAAUUGUUCAGCCCCCCGAUGAGUGAACUCAUGUCAGCUGUUCUUGACACUCCUCUCAAUGGUUUGGGGAUGGUUCCUCUGGGCAGCACCAUCGAGGGCUUGAAAAUGUCAAAGAGCUACAGAGAUGCUCUUAACACGGUGGUCAGUGCUUGCAGAGGGGACAUGGAUGGGUGUGCUGUUAUCCUUGUAUGUGGCACCAAGAAUGUGGGCAAGUCAACAUUUAUCCGAACCCUCAUCAACAUCUUACUAAAUCACACUACUAGUGUGGAUUAUUUGGAAGGGGACCUUGGUCAAACAGAAUUUACCCCUGCUGGCUGUCUGUCUUUGUCGACUGUCAGAGAACCACUUCUGGGUCCACCUUUCACACAUCAGUGCACACCAGAGCACAUGAUCUACUACGGUCAGUCAACAUGUGAGUCGGACUUAGACCGCUACCUGGAAACCCUGAAGGCUUUAUGGCGCAGACGCUCCCAGAGCAGAGAGACCCCUGUCAUUAUCAACACCAUGGGCUGGGUCAGAGGAUUUGGAUUCCAGCUGCUAGUGGACAUGAUCCGCUUCUUUCCAGUUUCACAUGUCGUCCAGCUUGGCCAUGGUGGUACCACCCACUGUCCCCCGCUCACUCCAGAGUUUCUUAGGACGGCACACGGCUGUCAGACACACCCGCCCGCCCAGACCGCCCUGGACGGGUUUACAGAGAGCCACACUCCCCCCAGAAGCUACACCCACCUUAUUGUGCAGUCAGAGUUUCAAGGAGUGGGAAGUCAAGGAACAGCGAAACACCAGCGCAGUAAUGAGCACAGAGAGCUGUCACUGCUGGCCUACCUGAGUCAGCUGCAGCCCCCUGAUCCUGGACCAGUUAGACCUCUACAUAGCCUCACCCCAUACCAGGUGCCCCACACAGCCGUGGCUUUAGGUGUGAUCCAUUGCGAGGUGGUGCCCAAUCACAUGUUUUAUGCUGCCAAUGCCAGUCUGGUGGGGCUCUGCUGCUUGGGGGAGAAAAUAGCAAGCAGAGGGGGUCCAGUGCUGCUGUCCCAGGCACCCAUCUGUCCAUGUGUGGGCUUUGGUGUGCUUCGAGGUAUCGACAUGGUACGAGGUCUGUACUUUCUGCUGACACCUGUAGAUCCCUCCGUCCUUCGUAAGGUCAACUGUCUGCUACUGGGGGCCAUAUCGCUGCCUUCCUCCAUCGUCACAUCACAGCCUGGGUUUGAGGGGGAGAUGCCCUACGUCACCACAGACUACAGUUUUGAUCUCACUGGUGCAGGAAAGCUGCGAGUCUUCAAGGGCCUUAUGAGACCAGGUCAAAUGGGGAUGUAAUGACUUUUUCUACAAAGCAUCAACCUGUUGCCCUUUACAUUCUCGACUGGUGUCUUAACGCCAAACCAGUCAGCACUGGCCUUUGAAUGUACAGAACUGAGGUUGAGUUGGGACAAGUUUUUUUUUUUAAAUGUCAAGAUUCAGUCUGACAGAGAUGCCAGGACUCUGCAGGAGAAGACGGCAGCCUUCCUGUUACUGGACUUGCUUUUUGAAAACACCGGGUGUUCUCACCAUGUCUUACAACCUGCUACUGUACAUACAUUUGAUGGCGCUGUGAAGGAGUUUCUGGGUUUUCUGUCACAUGGACAAUAAUAUCACACCUUGUAGUUAAAGCUCUUGUUUGAUGUCUCUUCUUUGUAGGUGACAUUCCAAAACUGAAAACAUAAACCUGCCAGAUAUUAAAUGAUAAAUAACCUUU